AUACUCUCAUUGGAGCGCAUCAAAGAAGAUCGCCCGAUUACGAUCAAAGACGACAAAGGCAAUACCAGCAAAUGCAUUGCCGAUAUUGUGUCGCUGUUCAUUACACUGAUGGAUAAAUUGCGUUUAGAAAUCAAAGCCAUGGACAAAUUGCAUCCGGAACUGCGUGACUUGGUCGACACAAUGAAUCGCUUAUCAUUGAUUCCAUCUGGAUUUGAAGGCAAGGAAAAGGUUACCAACUGGCUUAACACACUGAACGCGAUGCAAGCGUCUGAUGAGCUCAGCGAAUCACAAGUUCGGCAAAUGUUGUUCGACCUCGAAAC